AAACAGCAAAAAGAAAGCAAACUUAGAUACAUAGAUCGAGAAACAGGAUAUGGGAAGGUCUCCUUGUUGUGACGAAAAUGGCCUCAAGAAAGGACCCUGGACUUCUGAAGAAGAUGAAAAGCUUGUCCAAUACAUCCAGAAACAUGGCCAUGGAAGUUGGAGAGCCCUCCCUAAGCUUGCAGGUCUUAACAGAUGUGGCAAGAGCUGUCGGUUAAGAUGGACAAAUUACUUGAGGCCGGACAUCAAGAGAGGGAAGUUUUCUCAAGACGAGGAGCAGACAAUUUUACACCUCCAUUCUGUCCUGGGAAACAAAUGGUCAGCUAUUGCGACGCACCUACCAGGCCGGACUGACAAUGAAAUCAAGAAUUUCUGGAACACACAUUUGAAGAAGAAGCUGAUUCAGAUGGGUUUUGAUCCAAUGACCCACCAACCAAGAACCGACCUCUUUUCCAGCUUGCCACACCUCUUAGCCCUUGCUAACCUUGGAGACCUGAUGGAGCACCACCCAUUUGAUGAAAAUGCUGUGAGAUUACAGGCAGAAGCUGUCCAGUUGGUCAAGCUUCAAUACUUGCAGUAUCUUCUCCAAUCCGCUGCCAACAUCACAGACAGGGAGACUAAUAUCAAUUUGUUGAAUUCAAGUAAUCCUGCUAUCAAACAAAAACCAGUUUUAAAUUCAUUACAAGCGGAGAAUCCAGCAACAUUUUCUCUUGGAAAUGAUACCACUCAACCACUCCACCACCCAAGCUUAUUAUCUCACCUGUCUUCAGACCCACAAGUCCCUUUCGGUUUUCAAACAUCUUUCAAUAGUCAAGGAGAUAUUAACCCACCUGAAGACUCUUCAUGGUUAUCCCCAUUUCCCACCACUUCUUCUCUUCUUUCAACCAUUAUCGAGGAGACGUCGAUAAGCAACCUCGGAGAUGCUACUAGCAGCACCUCUAGCUAUGGAGGAGGAGCUUCUUCAGGCUGGCCUGAACUAUUUUUUGACGACCAUAUUAUGCAGGAGAUUCUUAGUUAAUUAUUUCAGUUUUCGGGAGAUUUGGAGUUGCAUCACCGUGUAUGUUUGCUGUUACGUACUGUUUACUCUCGCUACAAACACUUAUUGCAUGUAUAUAGCACAUCAACCUCAUGCGUGCUCGAGUACGUGUAUGUUAUAUAUGCAUUUAUAUGACACUCAUAUAAUACGUAUUAUCUAUAUAGUCUGUGGAUAAAUAAAACAUGUUUUAUGGUUUUUA